AUGGCGACGGACGUGCAAAAAUUUGCCCGACGGUUCGGCUUUGGGCUUGCCGCGGUUGCUGUGGGCGGCAGCAUCGUGCUGGCCUCAAGUUAUUACGUAAAAACGGGCCGCCGCGCCGUCAUCGUCGAUCGCUCAACGGGCCCCAAGGAAAAUACUGUGGCCGAAGGGCUACAUUUCUUGAUACCAUUCAAGCAAAAGGCUGUCAUCUUCGAUAUUCGCAGCAAGAAGAAAAAUUUGCGCGUUCAGGGGAAAUCUAAAGAUGAUCGUGAGGUGGUCGUUGUCCUUCGCUUCACCUUCCACCCUGACCCUGACAGGCUGGUCACGCUCUACGCGCGCUUUGGGGAUAACUAUGAUCAAUUUCUGUUCAACGCCGUCGAGGAGAUCGUCUACUAUGCUUUGGAACAAAACAGCAGUUCAACACUCGAUGCGGACCGUGAAGGGAUCCGGAACAAGAUUAUCAACGAUGCGUUUGCCCUCUUUGGAAACAUGAACGUGGUGCUUGAGGAUAUUGACAUGACGAAGCUGCUCGUAGAUCUGGUGCCGCAGGUGAAAGAAGAGAUUCAGAUCCCUUGCAUGACCAAGAAAAAUUCUGAAAAGUCUGUACAAAGCAUCGGGCUCGAGGCUGCCUCCGUCCCGAAGUCACUGCUUAUUAUCGAGGAGAGGGUCGACGAAACGGUGGCGCUGCUGCCCACGCCGACCCCGUCACUGCCUAAGGAUGAGCCUCCGCGAUCACGAAGGGGCUCUUAUCGUGUGGAGAUUCCAAAGACGCCCGAGUACUCUGUGGAGAAGAAGGAAAUCGAACACAAAGAGUUGGUCAUCGAGGCCAAGCCGGUGGCCAUCUACGAAAAUCUUCCGACCUCUUCGGAUAUUCAAACCUCCGACUUCACCAGCACCACAUCACCAAAGCAGCCUGAAUUGGCCUUGGAACACAACGACACCAACACUUUCUCCUGGAGCGAAGAGAUGGAAAAGGACCACGAUCACGGUGAUAGGAAGCGUGGCGAGAGCCAGGUGACGCCGGACUCUGACCAAGCCUCGGUUGACAGCGGCCGUGCCACGGCUCCUCCGGCCAUGCACCCCAUCGCUGGCGGAGAGAUCGUCCCCCAGUACGAGUUCGAGAUCCACAACAGCUACGUCGGGCUCGUGAUUGGCGUGGGCGGGAAAACGAUCAAGGAAUUGAGCACUCGCACCGGUGUCGUGCUGGAGAUCCGGCCCCACUACAGCCCGGAGAAGGUCGACACCCAUCAAAUCUGCCAAGUCCGCGGCAAACGGGAGCAGAUCAACAGGUGCCUCUGCAUGCUGCGCAACCGCUUCCCGCCGGAGCGUUUCCCGGAGUUGAACCUGCAGCCGGUGCUCGCCGUCCCAUCGAUCUCCUACCAGUCUGACGACCAGUUGCAGCCCACUUGGCUUGCUCUGCCGGAGUGCGUCUCCACCGAAGUGACCGUGUCCGCCGUCGUCAACCCCAGCCACUUCUUCCUGCAACAGCCCACGCAUCCAUCCUUCAAUUCACUGGCUCUGCUCGACCAUCACAUGCUGCAGAACUAUGCUAACGCCGCCGACGUGCCUGGCUUGGAUGAUGACCAACUCAUAGCCGGUGUUGUUUGCGCCGUCCGCGUGCUGGAUGCCUGGUUCCGUGCCAUGACCGUGAGCUAUUGUGAUGAGAGUGAUGAGAUGCUCGUCCGAUUCGUCGAUUAUGGUGGCUAUACUUGCGUCGUGCGCGAUGACCUGCGCCAAAUCCGCUCCGAUUUCUUGGCGUUGCCAUUCCAGGCCGUGGAGUGCUACUUGGCGCACGUCGAGCCCAUCGAUGGUAGCUGGAUCUGGUCCGACGAAGCUCAUGAGGUGGUGCAGAAUGCUGUCGGCGGGAAGAUUCUCGAGGCUCAUAUUGUCGGCUACCACAUUGAUGAUAGGAUGCCGUACGUCGAGCUGACGCUUCCCGAAGAGCAGGACAAGGCACCAAUGCGUAUUGACCAGCUUUUGAUGCAGUUGGGUUUGGCGAAGCGGGCUGACCCGAGUCAGAUGCAGCGAGUGCCCAGGUCGAAGGUGUGGAACCAGAUGAACGGCGGUGCGGCGAACAUGUCGAUGCAACUG